CAAACAGCGUUAUAGUGCUUAGUUAAUGUUUAGUUAAAGUAUUUAGAAUUUUGUGGUCGCCACUGUGAAUUUCAAUGUGUUACAAUGAAGAAUUAAUUACAAGCAGGGCGUAGUUGUAAUUGCGACAUGGCAUCCCGCAGAUGGUUUCACCCUAACAUAUCAGGAUUAGAGGCAGAGCGCUUAUUAAUGGAACGAGGUUAUGAUAGUUCCUUUCUGGCACGUCCAAGUUCAUCCAAUCCUGGUGAUUUCACAUUAUCUGUAAGACGAAAUGGUGAAGUGACUCAUAUUAAAAUACAAAAUACAGGAGACUUUUAUGAUCUUUAUGGAGGUGAAAAGUUUGCUACAUUAUCAGAACUUGUACAAUUUUACAUGGAAAAUGGUGGACAACUUCGUAAAAAAAAUGGAGAGAUAAUAGAGUUGAAAUAUCCUUUGAAUUGUGCUGAUCCAACAACUGAAAGGUGGUUCCAUGGCCAUUUAUCAGCAAAGGAAGCAGAACGAUUGAUGAUGGAAAGGGGAAAAAAUGGAUCUUUUCUAGUUCGUGAAUCACAGAGUAAACCUGGUGAUUUUGUAUUAUCAGUUCGUACUGAUGACCGUGUUACACAUGUUAUGAUACGAUCUCAGGACAAUAAAUAUGAUGUGGGAGGAGGAGAUAAAUUUGAUAGUCUUAGUGAUCUCAUAGAGCACUAUAAACGUAAUCCAAUGGUUGAAACAAGUGGAAGUGUUGUUCAUCUCCGACAACCAUUCAAUGCAACUCGUAUAAAUGCUAGCGGAAUUGAAAGCAGAGUUAGACAGUUACACAAAGAAAAUGGGUGUUCUAACGGGUUAUUAUGUCGAAAUGGCGCGACAGAUACUAAUGAAGGCAGUACAGGUCGUGGUAAAGGAAAAGCAGGCUUUUGGGAGGAAUUCGAAUCAUUACAACAACUAGAAUGUCGUCAUUUGUUUUCCAGGAAAGAAGGUUUAAGAUUAGAAAAUCGAGCAAAAAAUCGAUAUAAAAAUAUUUUACCGUUUGAUCACACGAGAGUACGCUUGAAGGAUGUUGAUCCUAAUAUACCCGGAUCAGAUUAUAUCAAUGCUAAUUAUAUCAGGAAUGAAGAAGGUGAUGGAGCUGCACCUGGUAUUAGUGGAAAUGAUGUUGGACAGUUUAAUAAAUGUUAUAUUGCUACACAAGGAUGUCUUCCAAAUACCAUUGGAGACUUUUGGCACAUGGUGUACCAAGAAAACACUCGAGUAAUCGUUAUGACAACGAAAGAAAUGGAAAGAGGAAAAAAUAAAUGUGCUCGAUAUUGGCCUGAAGAGGGAGAAAUUGCAGAAUAUGGAGGCACAUGGAAAGUUAAUGCUCUUUCUUGUACUGUAACAGCAGAUUAUACUUUACGUGAAUUUUUACUGCAAGGAAACAAGCCAAACAACACGGUUGCCAGAAGAAUAUUCCAUUAUCAUUUUCAAGCAUGGCCUGAUCAUGGUGUACCGUCAGAUCCUGGUUGUGUUUUAAACUUUCUUCAUGAUGUAAAUGCUAGACAAGAAUUAAUAGCUGCAGCUGUUGCGUCAAAUACUCAAAAUGCACCAAGCAUGGGGCCAAUUCUUGUUCAUUGUAGCGCUGGAAUAGGAAGGACUGGAACUUUUAUUGUUAUUGAUAUGAUUUUGGAUCAAAUUAAACGCCACGGUCUUGAUUGUGAGAUCGAUAUUCAACGAACGAUUCAAAGAGUACGUUCUCAGAGAUCAGGUAUGGUACAGACUGAAGCACAAUAUAAAUUCGUUUAUCUUGCGGUAUUACAUUACAUUGAAACUGUAUCUCAGAGAAUGCAAGCUGAACAGAAAUCACUUCAGUUAGGUCGUGAAUAUACUAAUAUUCGAUUACGACGGUACUGAACGGUUUAAGAUCGUGUAGCGAAUAUGAUGAGGAAUGAGCCGCGGGAAGCUGCUCAAAGGAAAGUAAAUAUUUUAAAAGUAUGACGAUUUUCACCGACGUAACUGGUAUCUCGGUUCGCUUAUUAAAAUUAUCAAGAAUUGAGCAAUUAAACCGAUUAUCACGUAAUUGGUAUAAUACACCGGAACCGAGAAAGCGUGGUUAUCGGGGAAAAAGAAGUGAAGGAAACAAAGAUGAUAAUUUAUUUCAUUGCCUAGCUCGGAUUGAAGAGCGAAACUCUCAAUCUACAAAAAGAGGUUAAGACUACCAAGAUUCUAUCUCGGAAUAAAAUGAAAAAUAACUUUUGCAUAAUUGACAUAUAUAUGUGUAUGUAUAUAUAUAUAUAUAUAUAUAUAUAUAUAUAUAUAUAUGUAUACACAUAUAUAUACAUAUAUAUAUAAUGAUAAAGAUGUGAAAUUCCGACAGAAAUAAAAGUAUAAGUAAUUAUAAAAAGAAAUAUGAUAAAUUUCAACAAGAUUGGACAAAGUAACUCGUAUCUUGAUGUGAAAAUGAUAGAAAUAUUCGGACGAAAUCUAUUAUAUAAACAAGUCGCGUAUGUAUACAUUUUUCUAAUAGUACAAAAUACGAGAGAUAUUCGAUUUAAUGUACGAGCGAAA